GUUGACAGUUGACCGGUUCCUGCCUUGUGCUGACGUGACGCUAGAGAAGGAAAAGACGUGACUUCCACGCGCAGCCUCCGUCUCAUUGAUGACAGCAAAGCGGCAGUGCCAGUCGAGCCUCCGCGUGAUAAGUAAGGUGUAACUCCCGCUUGAGCAUCAGAUACAACAUCGCGCAGCGCAGUCAUCCCAUUCAUACCUACAGAGAAGAAGAGGGAAUAGAAGAGCCUAUCGUCAACAUGGCCGUUCCCACCACCCGUAUCCACCUGCGGCCAUUGAGGCCCCAAGAUCUGCCGUUGCAUCCAGAGAUGGCUUCCAAACAGAACCCUGCCACGUCGCCAGACCUGCAGCGCUUCGUAUCCGAGGUGCUCGACGAGGGCCAGAGAUUCAUGACAACAACGUUGGAGGAUGAGAAUAUCUUCAAGUCGAAAGGAACGAGAAAGGACAAACCCGCUACUGCCCCCAUCAGGAUCCGAGCUGCUGUCUUGACGCCCGAGCACUCCGACUUCGAGUAUCCUACUGAGAAUUGGUUUGCACGAACCAGCGAGCACGAGAACAGGAACGCUGAUGGCACCGCCCCUUGGCAUGAAUUCGACCAAAGUCUGCGUAUACAUCACAGCGACCAUGAAAAGAUCUACACUCCUUCAGUUCAAGCCGCCGAAGAAUUGUUCUCGUGGCAAGAGCAACUGGACGCCUUUGCUUCUCGAGUUGGACCUUGGCAGGAAAUCACAAUGGAGAUCCGGUCCAUGGAGCACAAAAUACCGCCCCCUCUACAGCGCAGAGUAUUCAGGGUUCUCGUCAUCACAGCAUCUCGAGGCGAAGCCGGGAGUGCACUGAUAGUCGUUCAAAUUCCGGUAGAAGGCAAUCCUAUCGAAUCGAGAGAUGGCGUCGUGUACGGCAUCUAUUGCAGUGUUGAGACAGCCCGGCUGGAAAACGGCAGGACCAUAUGGUCCAUGGCGACCGCAAGCGAUGCAAAGGGGUGGAUGCCUAUGUGGCUCCAGAAGACACAGAUGCCGAAAGCAGUCGCGGUGGAUGUAGGUUACUUUAUCAAGUGGCGUAUGGAAGUGCGCCAAAGCACUGCCUAGGUGGCUAUGACAGCGAAGAAUGGUGUUACAUAUUAUUACGAAAAUCCACAGGGACAGGAGAGGCCCACCCGGUGGCAGGAUAACUGCCGCAAGCGAUGCUGCAACUCCACCCACUUCGCAGGAAUUUCUCAUGGCAAGAUACGGCGCAGUCCGCGCAUCCCAGAGAAUGAACAGAUCACUUGCAAUCCGCGUUUGCGUACGAGUUAGAUGAAUCGCGCGGAGGCAACGUUUGACUGUUCAGCUAAGGUACCUUAAGGUGUUUACUGGGCAAUCACGGCUGCAUAGGUAUGAUACCCAUUCUUUCGUAACAUGCAUUCGCACCGCAUAGCAUGC